CAUUUCUCGGCGUAGAAAGCCGCCUGGAUUUUUGAGUGGAAAAAAAAAAAGAAGACGCAGACGUCACAGACCUCGCCUGCUGUUCCCAAAUUGUUAUUGCAAACUAAUCGGAGCAUUGUUGGCGGAAUUGCACCGUCUGCCGCUGCGUGGAUUGUGCGACGACCGGGUGGAUGGCAUGCUGGUGGUAGCUGGUAGACGAUUAUCGGCUUUUUAGUUUUAAACGGCGUGCCUUGGCGGAGAGGAGAGGAUUUGGUUUUAUUUAAGGGUCCUGUGACAAUGAACGAGCAGGAGGCUGGUGUGGUCUCAUUUGACGAAUACGUGCGGCAAAAGGCCCGAACUGUACCCCAGCACAGGAUGAAGGAGUUCCUGGAGUCCCUCUCCAAGGGGGAGUUCAGUCAGCAGGGAGGGGCGACCGCCACCACGACCACCACCACAGCUGCCAUGGUCUACCAGGACCAGACCAACAACUGCGUCUACACUGACAGCACAGAGGUGGCUGGCUCUCUCUUGGAGCUGGCUUGUCCGGUACAGCUGACGUCAGCAGAGAUUUCGCCUCAACUUUCCAUGCAUUCAGAACCUGAACAGCCACUUCAAGUCCAGGUUCAGAUCCAGGGGCAGCCGGUCUUGCAGAUGGCCACGUCCGCCCAACAGGACCUGCAAGGAAUGUCGACUUCGCAACUCGUGCCGCAGGAAGAGCUCACAGAGGAGCAGCAGCAGCAGAUUCAGGCACAGCUGGUCGCAGCCGUAAGCGGAGAGCAGCAGAUUCAAUUGGCAAGCGGUCACCAAAUCCAGCUGCAAGGUACGCAGCAAAUUCAACUAGUGGAUGGGCAGCAUAUUCAGCUGGAGGCCGGCCAACAAAUUCAGCUGCCGGACGGACAGCAGAUUCAACUUCAGGGCGGACAGCAGAUUCAGCUACCGGACGGACAGCAGAUUCAACUGCACGACGGGCAGCAGAUUCAGCUACCGAGUGGCCAACACAUCCAGCUUCAGGGGGGGCAGCCGAUCCAACUACAAGACGGACGGCAGAUUCAACUCAUGGGGGGGCAGCACAUCCAGCUACAAGACGGACAACAGAUCCAGUUGCCGGACGGACAACAGAUCCACAUCCAGACCAUUGAGGCCAUAUCUCCUUCGCAGCAACAGAACUCUCCCAGGGAGGCAGAGAGGCGGCCCGCCACCGGCUCAUCUGUUCUUCCGCCCGCCAAGAAGCGCAAGGUAGACACCCCCUUGACGGUGUCCUACGCCGUUCCCCAGGGGCAGCAAGUGGCCACGGUCAUCACCAUCCCUCAAGGGCAGCAGCAAAACUACGUGUCCCUGCGGCCCGACUUGCUCACAGUCGACAGCACUCAGCUGUACAGCGCCACGGGGACGAUCACGGGCCCCGCGGGGGAGACGUGGACCAUUCCCGUGUACUCUACCGCUCAGCAGCAGGGCGUGACUCACAUCGCCAUACCGCAGGAGACGUACAACACGGUGCAACUCGCGGCUGCCAACGGCAAGCCGGGCUCCUCGGCCAAGUCCGCGGACGUGCAGUCCGUGGCGACCGGGACGCCGGAAGAAAUCGUGCAGACGCUGUUUCCGGCUCAGUUCAUGAACGGGAAUAUUCACAUCCCGGUAGCUGUGCAGACUGUCGGAGGGACUUACAACACAACGCAGUCGGUGCACAUAUGGGACCCCAAUCAGCCGCAGAGCCAAGACGACGGAAAUGGACAACAACUCCAUCUUCAGGAACAGGGAGAGACGGAGGGGACCGCUGAACCUUCCGCAGAAAUUUUGGUUCCAGUCUCACUGAAGCCAGAAGAGGGCCUCGAGGUGUGGCGCCUUUGGGUAAAGCGAAAAAACGCCGAGCUCAGCCAGCAGGACAAGACGAAGCUCGCGCCCAUCGGACGUCGCCAGCCGCUGCGUUUCCAAGAGGACUUAAUUUCCAGCGCCGUAGCCGAGCUGAAUCUAGGCCUUUCCCUGAUGACGCAGGAGGCCCGAGGAUCAGAGGAGGAACAAUUCGCUCCAGAUGUUCUUUAUUAUGUCUUCUUAUGUAUGCAAAAGUAUCUCUUUGAAAAUGGACGAGUGGAUGAUAUUUUCUCUGAUCCGUACUACACUCGAUUUGGUGAGAGUUUACAUAAAAUCCUGACUGGUUGGAAGCCGAGUGUCCAUCCUCUAGGUUACAUCAUUCCGAGUCACGUGACGGAGGAGAUGCUGUGGGAGUGUAAACAGCUCGGCGCGCAUUCACCGUGGACUUUGUUAACGACUCUGAUGUACUUUAACACAAAGUGUUUUCGUCUGCUGACGCCCGAACAGCACCUGAAGGUGGCCUUCUCCAAGGUCUUGAGACACACGAGGAAGAACCCCACCAAUACGAAGGACAAAGCAACUACUAUUCGCCUUCUGAAAGGGCAAAGUUCACAUAAAGGACCAGAUGACUUAUAUGACGAGCAGAUUGAGGAUCCAGAAAAUCCACUUCGUUGUCCCAUUAAACUUUACGACUUUUAUCUUUUCAAAUGCCCCCAAAGCGUCAAAGGUCGUAACGACACGUACUACAUGACCCCCGAAGCCGUCGUCGCGCCGAACAGUCCCAUGUGGUACUCGUCCCAGCCCCUCACGAGUAAGCAGGUGGAGCAAACGCUGGCGCGAAUCUUAGUGGUCAGAGAGAUCCAGGAGAUCAUCGGCGCCGGUUCCGAGAGUUAAGAAAAGGAAAAAAAGCAAGCUGGCCAGCGUCAAGCGAAAGGAAGAUUGUACAAAUCCAUUUCUGAUUGUUGCCCCCUUGGCUCAAUAAACUUGCCGUCUCAACAAUCAAAUGAAGAAGCCGAUGAGUGAGUUGUCGAAGCCUGAAUUGAGAGAAAAUGUUAUUUUUAAGUUUUCGGACGCAAAUGAAAUCCAUGGUCGAUAUCAAGAAUGUAAGAUUGGACUUGGGGGGGGGGGGUAGUAAAUGGAAACUGCUCUGGUGUAAAGUAUUUUCAAGAUGAGGGUAUUUAGCCGUUUGCUCUUCUUUUAACCUCAUACUUUUUUUGUUACCAUGCCAACCUCCUAGCAGGGACCACUGCUCACCUUUUUUUGUAUUGUGUUGAUAUGUACAAAGAUGACCUUGUGCCUGUUUUCAAAAAGUGUUUGAUCGAAGUUGUCUCGAGGUAAAAGUGCUACGCGUCGUAGUCUUUUCGGGAAGCUAGAAACUUUCUCAGGUCAAAAGGUUGUGAUUGAGACUCAUAAAAACAUUUUCAACAUCUUUUGUGUACAGAUGAUUAAAUACAAAUGGACAGUC